GCUUUGUGGACUGUAGAACUAUGGAAAAAAUCAUUCGAAGCGUGGUUGAAAAUUUGUCGACUCGUACUCGUUCUUGCGGAUUUUUUCUCGGCGAUUAAUAUAGUGCAAUUGUGCUAAAAUUCGUUAUGUUCAUAAUAAAUGUGAAGUGAAAUAAUGGCUAUAUAUUGUUUUAUAAAGAAAAAGUGUGUAAAAUAAGUGCGAAGUGAGAAAGCCGAAAAAUUCUCGUACGCCUUCGAGAUAUCUGAUUGUGAGUGGCAAUCGCUGUGGAGAAGAACGAGAAGAGGAAAAAAGUUGGAAAAGGGCGCUCCGCUGGCAAUUUACAGUAAUAAAAAAACAACUUCACCUCGAUACAGAUAAACUCAACACUCCCGCUCACUUCACGUCCCACUCGUCGUUCCAUUAACGACGAACAUAUAUACACACACAGCCAUUUUGCUAGCAAUACGUUCAUUAUAGGCGGUGCGUAUUUACGGGCGCGAAUUCAGUCGCAACGAGUGAAAUAUUUUUUUUCCUACAUUUGAACUAAGUAAAGUUUUAAACCAAUAAACAAUUUGUGUGCAAUUAAAAAGACAAAGUUUACGAGUAAUAUUAACUCUUCGAUAUUUACAAUUGUAUUGCGGAAAAAAAUCUACAAAAGAAAAAUCUAGCAUCUUAUAAAACGGCUUAGGCACGUUGCUUUCAACUCUCUGCCGGUACAAAUGCUGGCAUUUUCGGUAUAAUUACCACACUGCCAACGAGUUCGCAAGAAAAUUUCUUGAUUCGUUUGUCUUACGUCGAUGGUGCAAUUUGAUCUAUAUAGAAAAGACAAUAGUUAAUUAAUUACCGCGCAACGCUUCGUAACGGACGACGCGAAAAAAAUCCAAACGGAUUGCGCAUACAAUUCCCGUUCCGUGAGAAGAAGACUGCUUUGAAUGGAUCCUUUUGUCGGCUGGUUUCAAGAGGAACAGGAGGGUCCAGCAUUACGCACAUGGUGUAAAAUUUGGGAGACCAAUGCGCAUGAUAUGAGCCAAUUGUUGGAACAACAGAGCCAACAAUUACAGCAACUGCAAAGCGUUGGCAACGGCAAAUUGAACGGCACGUUAAGUGCACGCGAUCGUGAUUCAUUACAAUUGCUGCUACAGCAAGUUGGCAACGGCGGCCUGCGCAAUUCCAUAUAUAAUAAUAAUAAUAACAACAACAACGGUAGUAGUGGCACAAAUAGUGGCAAUACAUCCAGCAACAACUCAAUUGACUCGACGAGUAACAACGACUGCAUCACACCGGCCACUACACCAGUCAUAGGAGGGGGGGAUAAUAACAGCACGAAAAUGCCGUCACACGAUCGUCCAAGCUAUUAUAAUCCAUCGCGCAGGAAAAUUGGGCGUAUAGUUGACAAUAAGGCGAGCACAUUUAACGUCAACAAAUAUAUGGGUAAAUUGGUAAUCAAGUACAAAGGCUGCCCUUGGCGUGUGCCGGGUUUCGAGUAUGGCCGAGGAGUUGUCGGUUUACAUCAGGAAAUCGAACAGUUUUACAAUUACGUAUUACCUACGCCCACCGAACAUGCCAUACGCAACGAAGUCGUACAGCGCAUCGAAGCGGUGGUGCACUCAAUAUGGCCAAAAGCGAUUGUCGAGAUAUUCGGUUCCUUCCGAACGGGACUUUUUCUACCCACAUCGGAUAUUGAUUUGGUUGUUUUAGGCUUAUGGGAAAAGGCGCCAUUGCGCACACUCGAAACAGAACUGAUUGCCCGCGGCAUUGCUGAGCCACAUUCGGUGCGUGUACUCGACAAAGCCUCGGUACCCAUCAUCAAGCUCACAGACCGCGAAACACAAGUGAAAGUCGAUAUUUCAUUUAAUAUGCAGUCCGGUGUGCAAUCGGCCGAAUUAAUUAAGAAAUACAAACAGGAAUUUCCACUGUUAGCGAAACUGGUGCUUGUACUGAAGCAAUUUCUGCUUCAACGUGAUCUCAAUGAAGUUUUUACCGGUGGCAUUUCCUCAUAUUCGCUGAUAUUGAUGUGUAUUAGCUUCCUACAAUUACACCCGCUACAAAUCGAUCACGACAAAGCCAACUUGGGCGUGCUGUUGCUGGAGUUCUUCGAACUUUACGGACGUAAGUUCAAUUACAUGAAGAUCGGUAUAUCGAUCAAAAAUGGCGGCCGCUACAUACCCAAGGAGGAUUUGCAACGUGAAAUGAUCGAUGGCCAUCGUCCAUCGUUGUUGUGCAUUGAGGAUCCACUGACGCCAGGCAACGAUAUCGGUCGCAGUUCAUAUGGUGCAUUGCAGGUGAAACAGGCAUUCGAGUAUGCGUAUAUGCUGUUGGCCAACGCUGUGAGUCCACUCAACGAAUUCGGUAGUAAUUGCUCAGAACGCACCAUACUAGGGCGUAUAAUACGUGUUACCGAUGAUGUAAUCGAUUAUCGUGAGUGGAUACGUGAACACUUUGAGCAUCUUGUGAUCCCUCAUACGCCCAACAGUGGCAGUGCCGUUAAGUUCAUUCCGUCGAUGCUACCACCUGGCGUACUGACACCACCACUGCAGCAUCAGCACAUGCAUCCACUGGCGCAGCAACAACAGCAAUUGUACCAUCAACAUCAGGCCGUGAUGGCGCAACGGUUACGACGGAGUAGCGUCUCCUCUGGUGACGAUUCGGAGGAUAGCAAAGAAUGUGAUGUAGACUCAACGUCAUCUCCACCGAUUACGCAGCAAAUACAACAUCAGCAGCAGCAACUACAAGCGAGUAUACAUAUGCAGCAGCUGUCACAACAACAACAACAACAACAAGCGUCAGCCUCCUCCCAAAUGCAGCCACAGCCGCAGCUAACGCAACUGCCGACCCAGCAACAGCAACAGUACGCAAUGCAACAGCAGCAGCAGGCACAACAACAACAACAACAACAAAUGCACACACAAUGUCCGCCUCCGCAAAAACAACAAUCGCCGCCGCGACAACAUAAGCAACCCUCACCGCCGCAGCAACAGAAGCAAUUAUCCCCGCCCCGACAACAAACACAACAACAACAGCAACAGCAGUUGCACGCACAGCAGCAGCAGCAGCAGCAACAGCAAGCGCAGCAAAGAUUUUCCGGCCCUUCAAAUCGCCGUCAAUUCUAUGUGCCACCGCCAAUGCAGCAGCAAUAUCAACAGCAACAGCAACAACAAAUAUCCAAAUCGUCUUCUACCGAGUCGUAUACGAAUGCGACAAGUACGAGUGCAACUUCCAGCUAUGUGGGCAACAGCAAUAAUAAUGCCAGCAAUAGCAAUAACAACAGCAACAAUAAUAAUCGUACCCGUUACACACAGCGGCCGUCGCAACAGCAACAACAACAGCAAGUACGUCAACAACGUGUGCAACAACCAGCGAUGCGUCAACAACGUUAUAACGUGCGAACAGCAUCACCCGCGUCAACAGCAACAACAACAACCCGCCCAUCAACAAAUCCAAUGCAACGUGCGACACUCACCUCUGCCUCGUCGACAAUAUCGAUAAUUUCCAUAUCGUCGGAGUCGUCAGUGGGUUCGACAUCGUCAUCGGCGAAUAGUUCGGGGUCGGCGUCAGCGUCUGCGUCCGCGUCAAUAAAUACAAGAAUAGGCCAACAACGCAACCGCGAUGGUAACGAUAGAAGGACGAAGAAGCACCAAUCUGGUAGCAGUAGAUCUAGUACCAGCAAAUAGACGUAUCAACAGCAAGCAGACUGUAUCGAGUAUGUGCAAAUUACCGUUGGGAGUUGCAAAAGCCAUUAAGAGCAACAACCAACGAAUCUCCCAAACGACUGCCUACGAUCAUGAAGUGACAUGGGAAGCAUUUCGAAAGCACAACGAAGAGUUUGCGCGCGCGCUCAGUUCAGAAAACACACCAACAACACACUUACAUAUAUACAAAUUCACAAACACACACUCGUACUAUAAACGCAUAUGCACCAUAUGCUGUAGCACACACUAUUAGGCAACUAGGAAAUUAGUAUGUAUGUAUGAAAUUAGGUACUUUUAUGUAGUCCUACAAUGGCGACAUUUGGCCAAUAGUUUGUAGACAUGCAAUAUAUUAAUAAUACUGUAGCGGCGCUUAGUUAAAGGUACAGUUGUGACGGGCGGGCGAGAGCGGAGAGGUUGUUUAAUUAAUAAACGAUUUGUGCUUGCAUUAUUCUAUAUAACUAUAAUUACUGGGCUGAUAUUAGUAGAAAUAGUUGAUAACCUGUGCCUAUUUUAACGUAAUAAUUUAACGAGUAAGCAAAAAAUGCUAAAAAUCAUUAUUCAAUUCAACAAUAACCUUAACUAAUGUUUGUUGUGCGCGACAUAGCAUUUGCACAUACACACACACACACACAGACACACAUAUAGUUACGACCGUUGAUGUAUGACGCUACUGAUGAUUGAUAUAUGAUGACAUAAUGUUAUGUAAUAUGUACUAGGGUUGUAGUGUUGUCACACUAUACAAAUACAAAGAGGGUAGGUAGUUAAGGUAAGGUAAGACCGGACGAUCAUGUUGGACGUUGCUACGAGAAUGCCACAUAGUCCCCAACAGCUAUUUAGGAUAAAAAAAGGAAAAGCAUGUAAGAGACACGACGUGCUUAAGCAGUAGGAGAGCAGUAAGAAAAGUUGAAGUAGUUUUUAUUAUAAGUGAAGUUAAAAGAGUUCUAAGGUGAAAUAUGUAAGAUAACACACACAAAGUGAGGGAGAAAGCGUGAGUGCGAGAGACGGAUCCUUAAAAGUUAAACUUUUACCAGAUAAAAUGCAACAGGUAAAUUAGAUACUCAAGGAAACGAUUUGAAAGUGAUUUUAGUUAGAAGUUGCAACAAGUUGUAGCACCAGCAGCGUAUGGAAAUGAAUACUAUAUGCUUGGCUUGCUCUAAGCGAGAGAAAUGCACAUAUGAAUUAUGAACAAAAAUUAGAAAUGAAAGUAGACAAAAAAAUUAAAAAAAAAAUAUAUAUUAAGUAAUGCAAAGAGCCAGCCUAAACCGUUAUUAGUAUUUAAUUGCGUUGAAUGAAUGCUAAUCUGUUGCUCUAAAUAGUUAGAAAUCGAAUGCAAACAUGUAACCCAAAAUCAAAUGCUUUCAGAAAUGUAGUCUGUAAGUUAAUUAAUUUUUUCCCCCACAAAAAAAUCUUUGUGUGUAUGUGAAUUGCAGUAGGAGCAAUGAAAGUAUAUAUAGCAACAGCAGCAGAAGUUUCAUGUGAUAUUAAACGAACAAAAAAAAUUUAAUGAUUACUACAAAAAUACACAACACAGCGAAGAAAACGCGUAAAAUUUAUGUAAUGUAUGCUCAAACUUCAACUUUUCUUCAGUGUGCUAGAUGUGGAUGAGUUUACGAGAGAAAGCAAGAAUUCGUAUGUUUAAAAGUAGAGAAAAUUAUAAAAUGUACAUGCAGAUGUACGCGUAGCUUGAUAGUAGAUACAUAUAUGUGGCAAGCUGUAGAAGAAGGGUCUUAAAUUUUAAGCCAUAGACAAUACAGUUGUAAAAUCGGGUGGGAGGGUGUAGCAUUGCGCCUGUGAAGAGCAUCUUUUAAUUUGAACUAUUAUAUAAUUUUUUAAUGCAAAAUAUCGGCGUUUAAGCAAUAAUAUACUU